AUGGGCUUGCAGUCAAUAUUCAAGAAGGCCUACUGGUCGCUAGCAGCUGCUGGGCUGCUGUACGUCCUGUUCGUCUAUUGUUUGACCUUCCCUCAAGUUCAGCGCCUCGUCCUUUAUGUCAAUAAAGUCAAUCCGAGUCGCUGGCAAGAUGUAAACCAGGUUGAGCAAUUCGGGUUUCUGAGGACCCAGGUUCAGCCUUUCCAUCUCGUCACGCCUGAUAACGAGACGCUCUACGGCUGGCACCUGAUGCCACUGCAUCUCUGCCGCGACCAUGAAAUUGAGCUGAUGGAGAACCCUCCAUCGGGCCCUGCAAAAGAUUACACGCAGACCAUCGCCUACAAAGCACUGGCAAAUGACCCCAACGCCCGCGUGGUCGUCAGCUUCCACGGAAAUGCAGCUCACCUGGGCUCCGCAAACCGUCCAAAUGCCUACAACACUCUCCUCGGCCUCUCAACACCGUCAAACCCAGUCCACGUCUUCGCGCUCGACUACCGCGGUUUCGGUCUAUCCACUGGCAGCCCCACCGAAGAGGGCCUAAUCACCGACGGAGUCUCUCUCAUCAACUUUCUCACCGCAGGGCCGUUGAAGAUCCCAACAUCCCGCAUCGUAAUCGUGGGCCAAAGCCUCGGCACAGCCGUGACAGCGGCCGUCGCGGAGCGUUUCGCAUUCGGGUCUCCUAAUCCCGCGGCAAUCCAGCCGGCGAUCCGGGACGCGGAGCCAUUCGCCGGUGUCAUCUUGCUGGCGUCGUUCAGCAGCCUUGCGAGCGUGAUCGAUUGUUACAGCCUCAAGGGUCUUACGCCUCCGCUUCUCUCGGCGUUGAGGGGAUACCCGCGCUUCCAGAAGUAUGUGAUGAGCCAUAUGGUUGACGAGUGGAACACGGCAGGAAGGCUUGCUCGGCUGGCCGGAAUUGAUGCGGCAGAGCCGGAUGCGAAUGGCUUGAAGUAUUCGUCGAAGAGUCUCGAUUUGACCAUCGUGCACGCUAUGAAUGACGUUGAGAUUCCGUGGGGGGCUCCUGGCGCUGUGAUUUUUGAGAAAACCGAGCCGGAUAGUCCCACUGAAUUGAAGAUCUGGGAAAACAAGUUUGUUCAGAAAGAUGGAUCGGAGGUUGUGAAAAGGGUUCGGUGGGAGCGUGUUCAGUAUGGAGGUCAUAACAAGGUAGCUUCGUUUUCCGUCGCUGGCCUUGCAGCGCUCAGGGCAUUUGAAGAGUAA